CCCGGCCUUUCCUUGGGGGCGCCCUCACCAGCCAACCAGCGCUCGUGUGAACCUUGAAAUCGCCAAUCCUCCCUCCAUCUCAGCAUCCCGCCGAGACGUCUCUCCCUCUCCUCCCAUAACAGCCGGCCCGGCCUGUUGCGUCCCUCCCCAUCCCCCAAGCCAAGGGCCGCGACUUUCUCAUUGUUUCCAUUCUCCGUCAUGUGUCUGGCCUACAGCUCCCGGCCUUGAACAGACGGCCGCGAAGCGUGGCGUCUCUUGUCGAGGGGCCGCACCCCCCCUGCACAUCGCCAGCUGAUACGGAGCUCCACGACGGCGGCGGCCAAACAAGCGACACUUACACCGUCGACUUUGUUCUUGCUUCCCGUCAUCAUCUUCUCUAUUCCUGCUCUCCUUCUCUUUCCCUAACCUCCCUUGCGGACCUUGGGCCCUGCAUAUCCAGCGGCGCUGCGACUCGCAUCAUCUCGCCUACCGAGCGAACCUGGCCCCGCCAUUUUCGUCCCAUUGACGCAUCGCCGCCCCAAGGCACCUUCGCCUGUCGCUUUCGUUUACCUCCCGCGUCGACCGCCGACAAUCCAGUCCUUGGUCACUGCACACCUCACCUCUUCGGGCCGCCGACCAGACGAACGCAGACAUCUAUCCUGCCCAUGUCCCUUCGAAUUCAACAAUCGACGUCGACUUUUCCGCCUUCCCCUCCCAACGUUCUUCGGUGCCGUGGCCGACUCGUGCUCCCAGGCCGGCUGUCCACGCUCAAGCCUUUCUCCUUGACUGAACAAGACGUGCUUGCGGGGAGCGGCCUCAGGACGCCCCCAGUCGACGACAUGAGUACCACACACCAUUCCGCCUUGCCUGCCUACGACGGCCAUGCCAUUCACGGCUACCCGACCAUGGCUCCCCACGCUACUCGGCCCAAGGCCAUCGUGGACGACGUGAGGAGCACGCAACCGCUCCGCUAUACCACACACGCUGCGCAGCUGGGGACUUCUGUUGGCCACGGCAGGACGAACAACGGCUCAUCUCUCCAGACGUCCCAGCUGCCCAGUGUAAUACCUCAGCCUUCCACUCGACCGUCCACGCCGACGCCCGAGGUCUUCGAAUCGGCCAAAGGUGACACCACGGCGAGCAGGAGAGGCUCCGACACCCUCAUCUACCACAGCCUGCAGAUACCUAAGUGUAUCAGCCCCAACGGGGGAAGUCUGUCUGACUUCGCGGCCCAGAUGACGUGCCUUUUUUGGUUCGAAACCGUCGACAACCUCAAGCUGGCCGAGUCCGUUCGAUCAAGACAGCCCAAUGCCCCGAUCCCUCGACUGCCGGGCCUGGCGAAGCCACACGAGCAAUUUCAGAAAUGGGUGUACAACGUGCUUUCGACGACCCAGGUGACGCAAAACGUCAUCUUCCUGGCGCUCUUGUUCAUCUACCGUCUCAAGAUGUCUACGCCACAGAUCAAGGGCCGUGCUGGUAGUGAAUACCGUCUCCUCACUGUGGCGUUGAUGCUCGGCAACAAAUUUCUCGAUGACAAUACCUACACCAACAAGACAUGGGCCGAAGUGUCUUGCUUCGCCGUCCAGGAGAUACAUGUGAUGGAAGUCGAGUUUCUCAGUAACAUGCGGUAUAACCUUCUUGCAUCCAAGACGGAGUGGGAGGACUGGCUCAUGAAGCUUGCGUGCUUCCACGACUACUACGACCGGGCGCUCAAUCUUCCCGCCUCACCCGUCCACGUACCCUCGCCCUUGGGCAAGGCGUUUAACUCCCCGAUACCAUCACCUACCGCGAUGAUCCACCCAGGCAUUCCUGACAUGGCCCCGUACACGCCUGCGACGGCUAUCCAACUAUCGCCUACGUCAACCCACUCGAAGAGCUUUCCAGCGUACCAGACCAAUGCUACAUCCCCCUUGGGCCCCAAGCGAGCAAUGAAUCUUCCUGCGACACGUAAGCGGAGCCCAGAAGAGGACUUGGCAGAUCACCCGGCGAAGCGGCAUGUUCCUGCAAGAGUCGGCCAGGUGCCGCCCGUUACCUCUGCCAGCUGUAGGCCAACAGGUCCCGCCGAAGCGGCGCGACUGUCUAUCCCGCAACUGACAGUUGUCACGAACCCGGCACAACACGCAGGAAAGCCCUAUCCGGGAGUCAACGCGUACGGUCCGCAGGUACCCGCGACAAGUCACCAGCAAAUGGUCUCCCUGCCACCGCUCCAAGCCGGAAUCCGAGCUAUGACGACGGUCUACCAGCCGAGCCCUGUGGCAAACAUGAUGCAGCAGCAACCUGUGAUGCCCGUUGCGACGGGCAGCGGCAUGCCUCCCGCGACGGCUUACCAGGCCGCGGCCCCUAUCAGUCACUCGACUGUCAAUUACGGGACCCCAACGAAACAUCACAGUCCGGGCAGCCUGGCUCCAUUUGGCUCGUCGCCUCUGGUGGAACAUCUGGGCCCUGUGUCGGCCGUGCACACACCCAUAUCCAAUUCCCCCAGUGUCUAUCUUCAGCAGCGCGCCAGUCCUUACAAGCCGGUUCGCCACGUCAACAGGCUGCUCUAUCCGCCAUCUGCGUCUCUUGACCAGUACCACCUCUCGGUGCCGGUGGCCCCUAGCCAGAUGCAUUACCAACCCCUCGGGCGACGCCACGACGUGCGCACUGGCGUCGUGCCCGAGUUCGUUGUCUAUCACCGCGGGCACCAUCAACCCCAUAUGGGCUCACAACCCGGGCAUCAGGGCCACUACCCCUCCUAGGAAUGGCGGGAGUGGAACCCUUCUGCCGGGCAGUCGAACCAUCACAACGCGCGCUUUCACAACCCUUACAGCCUCAGACAUUACAGCCUUUGGUGGCGGUGAGGUGGACUGCGUGCCACCUGAUUGACCUGGCAACUCGAUGUGGUUUUGUCUUUUCAGGGUCUUCCUUUUUUUCCUCCUCCUUUCUCGUUUUCGCCGGAUGGCGAAUCUUCAGAACAAUGCAUGGCACGGUAUGGCAUGGCUGGGCGUUGGUUAGGUCACGGACAGGUCUCAUUUUCAGCGGUUUUCGCCUUCUACGUUGUCGUUUUAUCGGUGCCGGGCAACGUCGUGGGCGCGUCGUAGCUCGCACGACCCGGCCGUGAACGGCCGGCAAUGAGACGCUCUCAUGCCACAAUGGUUUGCAUCAUGCUUGGCGUUUCGCACCGCGGGGCCCCUUUCCGGGAAGAAGCCGGAGGUGAAAGGAUGGCUGGCCCCGGCUCACGUGCUGAGUGGGAAGAAGGAUGGGGUGAGGCGGUAUGAGGGGCGGAAUAGCAUUACAUGGAACCAUCAGGCGGAGCCUGAGGUUCGAGGCGAGGACCGUCCGUCCCAAGGAUAGAGGCGAGAUAGACGCCAGAGUCAGCAAUGACAACCUAUGAGUACAGCAAGGAAUGAAUGAAGCGCACAUCGCAGCACCCAUGUUUGUGGCUGCGACGAUGUACUCGUACUAGCAGAGCUAUAUUGCUGCUCUCUCGCUCCC